AUGGCACAACUGGAUACCCUCGACUUGGUGGUCCUGGUCGCUCUCUUGGUGGGUAGCGUUGCCUACUUCACCAAGGGUAGCUACUGGGCCGUCCCCAAAGACCCCUACGCCUCUAGCGCCGCCGCCAAUGGUGCCGCCAAAAGCGGCAAAACCCGCGACAUCGUGGAGAAGAUGGAACAAACAAACAAAAACUGCGUGAUCUUCUACGGAUCGCAGACUGGUACCGCGGAAGACUACGCCUCCCGUCUGGCCAAGGAAGGCUCUCAGCGCUUUGGUCUCAAGACCAUGGUGGCUGACAUUGAGGACUAUGACUACGAAAACCUGGAUAAGUUCCCUGAGGACAAGGUUGCAUUCUUUGUCCUGGCCACCUACGGCGAGGGAGAACCAACGGAUAAUGCGGUCGAUUUCUACCAAUUCCUCACCGGCGAGGAUGUCGCUUUCGAGAGCGGCGCCACUGGUGAAGACUCUCCCCUCUCUUCUCUCAAAUAUGUCACUUUCGGUCUUGGAAACAACACAUACGAACACUACAACUCCAUGGUCCGCCAGGUCGAUGCCGCUCUCACCAAGCUCGGUGCGCAGCGCAUCGGAACCGCGGGUGAGGGUGACGAUGGUGCUGGAACCAUGGAGGAAGAUUUCUUGGCCUGGAAGGAGCCUAUGUGGGCUGCUCUGUCGGACGCCAUGAGUCUUCAGGAACGCGAGGCUACCUACGAAGCCGUCUUCUCUGUCACCGAGGAUGAGCUCAAGACCCCCGAGGACGAGUCUGUCUACCUGGGUGAGCCUACCUCUGCCCACCGUGAGGGUGCCGCGAAGGGCCCCUACUCCGCGCACAACCCCUACAUUGCCCCGAUCGUCGAAUCCUCUGAACUCUUCACCGUUAAAGACCGCAACUGUCUCCACAUGGAAAUCAGCAUCGCUGGUAGCAACCUCAGCUACCAGACUGGUGACCACAUUGCUAUCUGGCCCACCAACGCCGGCGCCGAGGUUGAUCGUUUCCUCGAGGUCUUCGGAAUUCAGGACAAGCGUCACUCCGUCAUUAGUGUCAAGGGCAUUGAUGUCACUGCCAAGGUUCCCAUCCCGACUCCCACCACGUACGACGCGGCCAUCCGCUACUACAUGGAGGUUUGCGCCCCGGUCUCUCGCCAGUUCGUCUCUACUCUCGCCGCUUUCGCUCCCGACGAGGAGAGCAAGGCUGAAAUUGUUCGUCUUGGUAACGACAAGGAUUACUUCCACGAGAAGAUUACCAACAAGUGCUUCAACAUUGCUCAGGCUCUUCAGACCAUCACUUCCAAGCCCUUCACUGCCGUUCCUUUCUCGCUGUUGAUCGAAAGUAUCAACAAGCUCCAGCCUCGCUACUACUCUAUCUCUUCGUCUUCUCUGGUUCAAAAGGACAAGAUCAGUAUCACUGCCGUCGUCGAGUCUGUUCGUCUACCUGGUGCUUCACACAUGGUUAAGGGUGUCACCACCAACUACCUUCUGGCCCUCAAGCAGAAGCAGAACGGUGACCCUCAACCCGACCCCCAUGGCUUGACUUACUCCAUCACCGGUCCUCGCAACAAGUACGAUGGAAUUCACGUGCCUGUCCAUGUCCGCCACUCCAACUUCAAGCUGCCUUCUGAUCCUUCCAAGCCCAUCAUCAUGGUUGGUCCUGGUACCGGUGUUGCCCCCUUCCGCGGUUUCAUUCAAGAACGUGCUGCUCUCGCUGCCAAGGGCGAGAAGGUCGGAACCACUCUUCUGUUCUUCGGAUGCCGCAAGAGCGAUGAAGAUUUCAUCUACCAAGAUGAGUUCAAGACCUGGCAAGCUCAGAUGGGCGAUUCUCUCAAGAUCGUCACCGCCUUCUCCCGCGAGGGUUCCAAGAAGGUGUAUGUUCAGCACCGUCUCAAGGAGCAAGCCACGCUUGUCAGUGAGCUUCUGAAGCAAAAGGCCAACUUCUACGUUUGUGGUGAUGCCGCCAACAUGGCCCGCGAGGUGAACCUGGUCCUUGGUCACAUUAUUGCUGAGCAGCGCGGCAUGCCCGCUGAAAAGGGCGAGGAGAUGGUCAAGCACAUGCGCAGCAGCGGCAGCUACCAGGAGGAUGUUUGGUCAUGA